AUGACUGGUAAAUUUAAAGGCUUUGUUUCGAGAUUAAAACAAGAUUUUCCAAAUAUUAUUUCAACCCAUUGUUUUAUACAUCGUGAAGCUUUGAUGAUUAAAUCGAUUCCAGAUAAGCUUAAAAAUGUUCUUGAUUUGGUAAUUAAAAUGGUAAAUUACAUUAAAUCAAGAGCUCUUAAAACACGAAUUCUCAAAAAAAUGUGUGAAGAAGCUGGUUCUCGUUAUGAAGUUUUAGUUUUACAUACUGAAAUUCGAUGGUUAUCAAAAGGUAAGGUUUUAAACAGAUUUUAUGAAAUGAAAAAUGAAUUGUUGCAAUUGUUCAAUAAUGAAUACUCAAACAGCGAUUUCGUAACUCAAUUAAAUAAUCCAUUAUAG